AUGACGACCAAUAAUGUUAUUACGACUCAACCCGUGGGUAAUCAUGCAAGAAUAUCAGAUCAGCCGCCUAGCUACGAAGAGAUUUCUGCGCAGCCGCUUUCUGAUGUAGUUGAAAAUGUGAAUACAAAACUUACAAGUAUGAAUAUUGAUGCUGUGCAGGAGUCUGCCACAGGAAAUGCUAAAGAUGAAGAAAGAAAACGACAAAAUCACCACCGCAGUGAUGAUUGCUGUUUUGUUUACGAUGACAUUGAUUGUAUUAUAUACAAAUGGUUUUCAAAUUGUUGCCAACGGUUAGCGGAUUGUACAGAAUCAUGUUGUGAAGGCUGUGCUGAUUGCCUGCAUGAUUGUUGUGAAUCAAAUACGGUAGAAGAAUAUAAUGAUGAUGGAUUUUGUGAGUUAAAUACAGUAGAAGAAUAUAAUGACGGAGGAUGCUGUGAAUCAAGUACAGUAGAAGAAUAUAAUGAUGGUGGAUGCUGUGAAUCAAGUACAGUAGAAGAAUAUAAUGAUGGUGGAUGCUGUGAUUCUGGUGAUUGUUAUGGAGGGGACAGUGGGAAUAAUGAUAAUGAUUGUGAUUGA